CCGACAUCUCUCUACCGGUCACUGCUGCCACGGGCGUUGUCUUUCUUCCGCUCGUGCCGCUGCAGCCUCCCUCCUAGAAGUUUUGCACUAAUUUUCUACCCCCUUGUUAUACUGGAUCUCUUGUUGAGGAUAUAAGUGAAGAGGGAGAACUAAUUGCGAGCAGAGAAAAUGUCCUUCGGCAAUGGAGUGAAAUCCUGUGCAAAGCUGGUGAAGUCUUCAGAACCAUUGUUGUUGAAAUCAGCUAAUCGAGGGUUUCACUCAACUGCUGUGAAGAGAAUGGGAGGACAUGCACAUGGACACGAUGAACCCUACUAUUUGCACGCAAAGCACAUGUACAACUUGGAUAGGAUGAAAAAUCAGAAGUUGAGCAUGAGGCUUGGAGUUUUCACUGCAUUCAGCAUAGGUGUGGGCGUUCCAAUCUAUGCAGUCAUCUUCCAGCAAAAGAAGACGGCCUCUGGAUGAAACAAUGUGUGCAACCCAAUAAGAAACAUCGGUUGCACCUCAGUCAGUCCUCCUCUCCUCUCCUCUCCUUGGUUUUAUUAACUCUGUAUAAACCCUCAUUUCAAAUGCUGCAUACAAACGUUGAGAAUUCGGCCGAGAGUCGCUCCGCCGACUGGAACACGAGAAUCAGAAAGUCGAUUCUGUUUUUCUCAAUAGUCUUUUCAUCAGAAUUCCAUUAUAUUCCACAUUUUGAUCCAAUCUGUUUUACUACCCAAAGAUUUUUUAUUGUUUGGGUUCAUUCAUUCA